GACCGCUCUUUCUUCUGACAGCCGCGCCUCGUCUGCAUCAUGCGGCUACCUUUUGCCGCGCGCCGUUGCUCUGUCUUGCUGCAGCCGCGGUGGGGAAGAGCAGGGUGCGUUUGCAGCGCCCCGGAUACGACCCGGAGCCAAAGCGGUUCCUCUCCUGGGCGCCAGCUUCUCUCCACGCCCAUCUUUUACGCGAACGGCUCUCCGCACAUCGGGCACCUUUACUCGGCGCUACUGGCGGAUGCGCUGCACCGGCAUCGGGAACUGCACGAACGUGGAGGGCGCUUGGCCACCGGCACAGAUGAACAUGGGCUGAAAAUCCAGACGACAGCAGCAGCUGCAGGCAGUUUGCCUCAGCACUUCUGCGAUCGCGUGUCAGCAGAAUUCCGGGAGCUCUUUACCCAGGCAGGCAUCUCAUAUACUGACUUCAUCCGCACCACAGAGCCACGGCACAGAAAAGCAGUGGAGCACUUCUGGGCCAGCCUGCAGGACCGAGGCUGGCUUUAUCGGGCUAAUUAUGAAGGCUGGUACUGCACUGCGGAAGAGAGUUUCUUGGCGGCUUCUCAGGUCACUGAAUGCCCUGACGCCCAAGGCCACCGGCACACGGUCUCACUAGAAAGUGGCCACCAGGUACACUGGACCAAAGAAGAAAACUACAUGUUCAAAUUGUCUGAGUUCCAGGAGCCAUUGCUGAGAUGGCUCCAGGGAAGCAGGCUUACCAUAACCCCUGAGCCAUUCUACCAGCAGGUGCUCCAGUGGCUGAAACAGGACCUGCCAGACCUCUCCGUAUCACGAGACAGAAACCGGCUGCAGUGGGGUAUCCCUGUCCCUGGAGACGCGACACAAACCAUCUAUGUCUGGGUGGAUGCCCUGGUGAAUUACCUCACUGUCGUGGGUUAUCCUGAUGCAUACCAUGACUGGUGGCCUGCAGCCUGCCACAUCGUGGGCAAAGAUAUCCUCAAGUUCCAUGCCAUCUACUGGCCUGCCUUACUGAUGGCAGCAGGUUUGGACCCUCCAGAGCAGAUCUUUGUCCACUCCCAUUGGACGGUGCAAGGGCAGAAGAUGUCAAAGAGUUCGGGCAACGUGGUGGACCCCCAAAUCUGUUUCCAGCAGUACACAGUGGAUGGCUUUCGGUAUUUCCUGCUGAAACAGGGUAUUCCCGAGCGAGACUGUGACUACUAUGAUGAGAAGGUCAUCAAGUUGGUCAACUCGGAGCUGGCAGAUGUCUUGGGAGGGCUCCUCAAUCGCUGCACAGCCCCCAGCCUGAAUCCCAGCGGGACCUACCCACAUUUCUCAGGGGUGUGUUUCCCUAGAGAUAUGAGUGCUCAGGAUGGAAAGGGACUUGGCAAUGCUUGCACAGAGGACUACAAGCUAAUAUCUUCCGUGAAGGAGCUUCCUUUGCAAGUGAGCAGCUAUUUUGAACGCUUUCAGAUCUACAAGGCUUUGGAAUCUAUUAUUUACUGCGCAAGGCAGACAAAUGGCUUUAUCCAGAGGCAUAAGCCCUGGAAACUAAGUUGUGAGGAUCCCUUGCAACAGCGGUGGCGAGACACCAUCCUCCAUGUCACCCUUGAGUGCCUUCGGGUUUAUGGUCUCCUUCUGCAACCGAUGACCCCCACCAUUGCUGAUAAACUGCUCUCGAGACUAGGUGUUGGUCCCUCAGAAAGAUCUUUAAGGAACUUGACAUUCCUUUCUCGCUACCAUGACGAACAGUGUCCCUUUGAAGGGAGAAAUCUUGGUCCUGACACUGGGCUGUUAUUUCCUAAACUGGAGAAACCCAAAGCCGUGAGCCACAACUAAACCAUUAAAACUUCAGAGGACAAAAGGAUGGUGGGCCUGAAUCUUCUGUGGCCUUUUUUCACGCUGUCAGAAGUAAAAUUGGCUGCUGUUUUCUAA